GUUAUCGUAUCUGUAGGCUUAACAUUCGAUUAGAUUAGCCGUUUCUACGACGGGAAGUUUCGGUGUAAUUUCGUUCGCCAAUUCGUUUGGGUUUGUCGGGGUGUUCUUGUGGAUACUGGAUAUAUUAUGUACAAUUAUAUUAUUCAUUUCUUUGUUUUCACAAGAUUUGUUUUAGUCUUACGUUGCAAGGAUAAGUGGAAUAGGUGAAACAAGGAGAAAGAAUUUACUCUACUGAUUGGUUUUUGCGGGUUCUGUGGCUUAAUUUGUCUUAAUUUGCGUGAUUUGGUCGAGUUAGGAGUUCUGUCAUUUCUCCUGCGACUAGAUAGAAGCGUACGAUGAUCGAAGAACAGAAGUCGCCGCGGUACAAGGACAUCGAGGCAGGGCCGGGUGGCCCGAACUCUGAAUCGGAAGACGACGAAGAGCCGGGACCGUUUGAUAUUGUCAGAACCAAAAGUGCUCCGGCCGACAGGCUGCGUCGGUGGAGGCGAGCGGCACUCGUACUCAAUGCUUCUCGGCGCUUCCGAUAUACGUUGGAUUUGAAGAGAGCAGAAGAGCGGAAGCGGUUGAUUUCUAAAAUUAGAACGCAUGCUCAAGUCAUUCGGGCUGCUGUACUUUUCCAAGCUGCUGGACAGGCUUCAAUUGUUCCAGGAUCUGCUAAGGAACCAUCAACCCCAACUCGAAUUGGUGACUUUGGUAUCAGCUCAGAGGAGCUUAUUCAAAUUUCCAGGGAACAUGAUCUCUCUCUUCUGCAGCGUUUUGGAGGGGUUAAAGGAGUGUUAGAGGAGUUAAAGUCCAAUGUUGAGAAAGGUAUUCCUGGAGACGACACUGACCUUAUGGACAGGAAGGAAGCUUUUGGAUCCAACACAUAUCCUCGAAAGAAAGGGCGUAGUUUCUGGAGAUUUGUUUGGGAAGCUUGUCGAGAUACCACCUUAGUAAUCUUGAUGGUUGCUGCAGCGGCUUCCUUAGCACUUGGCAUAAAGACAGAGGGUAUAAAAGAAGGUUGGUAUGAUGGAGGAAGCAUUGCCUUAGCAGUUCUUAUAGUCAUUAUUUUUACUGCUAUUAGCGAUUACAAGCAAUCCCUACAGUUUCAAAACUUGAAUGAGGAGAAGCAGAACAUACAAGUGGAGGUUUACAGAAGUGGCCGUAGAAUUAAGGUCUCGAUAUUUGAUAUAGUUGUUGGAGAUGUUGUGCCCCUCAAAAUUGGUGACCAGGUUCCUGCUGAUGGACUUGUGAUAUCUGGCCAUUCUCUUGCUAUGGAUGAAUCGAGUAUGACUGGGGAGAGCAAAAUUGUUCACAAAGACUCAACAAGAGCACCAUUCCUUAUGUCAGGAUGCAAGGUUGCUGAUGGAUAUGGUAGCAUGCUGGUAACAAGUGUUGGCAUAAACACUGAGUGGGGACUACUUAUGGCAAGCAUAUCGGAGGAUAAUGGCGAAGAAACACCAUUGCAGGUACGGUUGAAUGGGGUUGCUACAUUCAUUGGCAUGGUUGGUCUGGGUGUAGCAAUAUCAGUUUUGAUAAUCCUUGUUGUCAGGUUUUUCACUGGGCAUUCAAAAGAUUCUUAUGGCAGAGUCCAAUUCAUAGCUGGCAAAACUAAAGUUGGUGAUGCAAUAAAUGGCUUCAUAAAGAUAUUCACCGUCGCGGUUACAAUUGUGGUUGUGGCAGUACCAGAAGGUCUUCCUUUGGCUGUUACUCUGACGCUUGCAUAUUCAAUGAGGAAAAUGAUGGCUGAUAAGGCAUUGGUCAGGAGGCUAUCUGCCUGUGAAACAAUGGGUUCUUCAACUACCAUUUGCAGUGACAAAACUGGUACCCUAACUCUGAAUGAGAUGACUGUUGUUGAGGCAUAUGCUUUUGGAAAGAAAAUUGAUCCACCUGACAAUAAGUUGUGGGUGCCGCCUAAGCUCGUUUCUUUACUUGUGGAAGGCAUUGCACAAAACACAACAGGAAGCAUAUUUGUGCCAGAGACUGGUGGAGCUCCGGAAAUUUCUGGUUCACCAACUGAAAAAGCCAUUCUCCAGUGGGGAGUCAAUCUUGGAAUGGACUUUGGAUCUGCCCGAUCAGAUUCAGUAAUAAUUCAUGCUUUCCCAUUUAACUCACAGAAGAAGCGAGGCGGGGUUGCUCUUAAAAUGUCAAAUUCAGAAGUUCGUGUGCACUGGAAAGGUGCUGCAGAAAUAGUUCUUGCUUCUUGUUCAAGUUACAUAGAUGCUCAUGAUAAUGUUGUCUCCAUGGGGAAAGAUCAGUUGUCAGUUUUUGAAAAAGCAAUUGAAGAUAUGGCUGCAGGAAGUUUGCGCUGUGUUGCUAUUGCCUGCAGGACAUGUGAGGUAGAGGAAAUUCCAACUAGUGAAGGGGAACUAGAGAAUUGGCAGCUACCUGAGGAAUAUCUCACUUUACUUGCGAUUGUUGGUAUUAAGGAUCCUUGUAGGCCAGGAGUAGUAGAUUCAGUUCGAUUGUGCAUGGAUGCUGGUAUCAAGGUGCGCAUGGUGACUGGAGACAAUCUUCAAACGGCUAAAGCAAUAGCUUUAGAGUGUGGGAUCUUAGGCUCAAAUGCAGAAGCUGCUGAGCCUAAUCUUAUUGAAGGCAAGACUUUCCGUAACAUGACCGAAACACACAGAGUAGAAGUGGCCGAUAGGAUCUCGGUGAUGGGAAGAUCAUCCCCCAGUGAUAAGCUCUUGCUUGUGCAAGCUUUGAGGAAGAAGGGACAUGUUGUUGCUGUCACUGGAGAUGGCACCAAUGAUGCGCCUGCAUUGCAUGAGGCUGAUAUUGGGCUUGCAAUGGGGAUUCAAGGCACAGAGGUUGCUAAAGAAAGUUCGGAUAUUAUCAUAUUAGAUGAUAAUUUUUCAUCGGUUGUAAAGGUUGUGCGAUGGGGUAGAUCUGUAUAUGCCAAUAUCCAGAAGUUUAUACAAUUUCAGCUUACAGUUAAUGUUGCUGCAUUGAUUAUCAAUGUUGUGGCAGCACUUUCUUCUGGUGAUGUUCCGCUUAUGGCUGUUCAGCUUCUUUGGGUGAAUCUUAUUAUGGACACACUAGGAGCUCUUGCACUGGCCACAGAACGCCCUACAGAUCACCUCAUGCGUAGACCUCCUGUUGGUAGAAGGGAACCUCUAAUAACAAAUGUUAUGUGGAGGAAUUUGUUGAUACAGGCUCUCUAUCAAGUGACGGUCCUCCUAGUUCUCAAUUUCCAGGGGAAGAACAUCCUGAAUUUAAGACAUGAAACUAGUGAUCAUGCUUUCAAAGUGAAGAAUACACUGAUAUUUAAUGCGUUUGUUUUCUGUCAGAUAUUCAACGAAUUUAAUGCUCGGAAGCCAGAUGAACUAAAUGUGUGGAAAGGAGUGACCAAAAACCAUCUUUUCAUGGGAAUAGUUAGCCUUGAAGUCAUACUUCAGGUUAUCAUUAUCUUCUUCCUCGGCAAGUUCUUUUCAACCGUUCGACUUAGUUGGCAGUUGUGGCUUGUUUCCAUUGCUAUUGGUGUAGUCAGUUGGCCUCUCGCUGCUGUUGGAAAACUCAUUCCAGUCCCCGAAAGACCUUUCAGCAAAUAUUUGACAAGGAAAUUUCGUCGCCGUAAGAAGGAUGAGAGUAGUCAAGACAAUAAUGCUUCAGAUGCUCCUACAGAUUAGACGAGCUUUUGUGUACAUAAACAUGAGAGGAGUUUUGAGGUUUGAACGUUGCCUAAAUUGCUUUUCAUUUAUUUAUUAUGGAUAAACUAUCGACAGCACUUCAUGCCUCUAUUGCUGAACAGUGUUAACAUUUUGUGGUUGAGUGCUGGUUUUUCUUUUUCUU